AUGGCUGCGGGGAAUGAGAAUGAGAAUGGGAAUGGGAAUGGGAAUGGGAAUGGGACUGUCAACGGGACCGGCCCUAUUAAUGGGAACACCAAUGGCAAUGGCACUGGCAAUGGUCAUGGCCAUAGUCACAGUCGAAGUCACAGUAAUAGUGGAGCCGGACACCACGGUCGAGGCGCUUUCUCCAUUGCCGUCGAGCGCGGACAUAUCUCAGUCGUGAGGUAUCUACUUGGAUGGGACAAGACGGAUCCGAAUCUGAGUGAUUCAUGGAAACACCAGUGUCCGCUUCUUGUGGCUGCGAUUACCGGUGACGAGAGCAUGGUCUCUACGCUGGUGGAGUGUGAAAGGGUGGAUUUAUUGAAUCCCGAUGUCUCCGGUACCACGCCUUUACAUGCAGCUGUUGAGCGGAAUCAUGUGGAUGUUGUGAAACUUCUACUCCAGACUUCGCGGUCUAGGUCGGAUCUAAAUCCAGGGCCAGGGCCGGGUGGUACGCGGAUCGCAGAUGUUAAUGCGAGGAAUAGCUCCGGCCAGACGCCGCUUCAUAUUGCUGUUUUGCAGGACUAUGUUGAUCUUGUUAUGCUGCUUCUCGAAUCGGGCGCUGAUCCGAGGCUCACUUGUGCGGAGGGAUUGACUGCGUUGGAUCAGGGGGAUCAGUGGUCUCGGGAUGGGAGGGCGACGACAGCAUUACGGGAAUAUAUGAAGAAAUUAUGA